AUGAUGGACAAACACAAACUUGAGUUGGUUCAGUUGUUCAGUAACCUGAGGUUGUACAAAUUGGCAAAUUACACCAAUGAGGUAUUAUUUGAUGUUGGACAAGAAGAACAGGAUGAAGUUAAAGAAGUUGAUGCUUUGCCCUCAAAAGUAGACUGGCGUAGUAAAAAAUGGGUCACAACUGUAAAGGGUCACGUACCUUUGCCUUUUCACAAGGUUUGCUCCAUUAAAUUACGCAGAAAGGGCCGCUGUAAUUCCUGCUAUGCAUUUAGUACUGUUGGUGCUCUGGAAGGACAACUGGCUAAGAUAAAGCAGCAACACAUGGAACUGAGUGAACAAAGUAUCACUGACUGUUCUGCAAAUAAUAAGAAUUAUGGCUGCAGGGGUUGCUUGUCAUAUCAUGCCUUUGAAUGCAUACGUGAUCACGGCAUUCAGACUCAUAAAUCAUACCCAUACAAAGCAAAGAAAAAUAAUAAAUGCUUAUUCAAGAGCAAUAAGAGUGUCAUCAGAAUUAAGAAAUUCAGAAGGUUUAUGAACAAUAAAGACAAAAAAUUGGUUCAAAUGGUUGCAGACGUUGGACCAAUAUCUGUACUUGUUCAUUGUUCACAUAGUAGCUGGAGGUUUUAUAAGUCAGGUAUCUAUGACAACGUAAACUGUGACAAAAAGCAUAUUGAUCAUUUCGUUCUCUUGGUGGGAUACGUGGAUCAGAACCCAAAGAGUUUCUGGAUUGUUAAAAACAGCUGGGGAACAUCCUGGGGUGAGAAUGGUUACCUGAGAAUUAUUAAAGGCAACAGCAUGUGUGAAAUUAACUUUUGUGCUGCAUAUCCUGAAAUCUGA